GGUGCAUUUGAGCGCGUGGACACAUGAGAAAGCGCGGUGUUCAAACCUGCUUCCGGCGCUGUCGAAAUGGAAAAUAUGGAUCCCCACCAGAACAGCGCAACAAGGACACCCCUCAAUAGUGUUGCCCAGAGGAGGAGUAAAAGCAGGAGCUGUCGGCAGUCAUACCGCAGCUGUUUAGGGGCAGCUUCACGUCUCUGCUUCACGCCAGCGAUGACAUCACGGCGGCUCAACACCAUCAGAAAAGCACCGAAGUUGCACAAUAUCGUGGAUAAGGUGGACGCCCAGCAGCUGGCCUCACUGAUGAAAACAGAGUGGCAGCUGUCCUGCAUCACACCCCUCUACCAGUUCUGUUACACUCAACUGAAGAGCUACGCCCGGCAGCUCUCUGCGUAUCUGACAGCAGAAAAGCAGCAAGGCCUGGGGGUGGGGGUGGAAGGAGCACUGAGCCUCAGAGUAUCUUUCUCUGUGGUUCAGGGGAUGGCCCAGACAGAACUUGAUCCUGAGACUGUCUUAAUACAGAUUUAUUCUAAGCCGCUGUUUGCAAGGCAGGAUGAGCUGCAGAAGGAAGUAUGGAAAGGCUGGCUAACAUGUAUCAAUGGCAGCCCCGAUUACAUUAACUCGCUUCCAAAAGAUUUUAUUUGUCUGCCCCUAUUUGGCAGCAGCGGGACGGAAGCUCUCGCCGCUUUGGUCAAAUCGUGGUUCCAGAGGAAUUUUGACUGUUGCUUUGCACCGUUGGAUAUAAGCCACACGAGCUUGCAGUGGUUGGUGGCACUUUGGACCAACUGCCACGCGGAGUCCGACAUCCAGCAACUCAAAAUGAUGUGGACUCUUCCAGUGGUGCCGCUGCUACGGGUCACCUAUUCUGUCGAUCCCAUUGAUGCCUGGCAGCUGUGGUGCAGCGUGAGAAGGGAUUCACAGGAAAUGAUGAAAGAACAGGACAGUAUCGACAUUGAGGAGGUGAUGAGGCUCAUGAGGGGACUCAUGUGCCACUUCUACCGACACUUCAGGGUGGAUCUAUCAGCCGGGAGCCUGAGUUCUGUGUCCACGGCGCUGGGCACAGCCAAAUGUAGCGGCAAGAUCAAGUUUUCCAACAGCAAAUACAUGACUACCAUGCUGACGCUGCUGACCGAGUGCGCCCUCCUCAAAAUGCCUAUUUGAAGAAACACGCAGAUGGUAAAAGACAUUGUGGUUAGUUGCUGCAAAUAUUUAAUAGAUGGACAUUUCAGUGAGUGGGGAAAAACACCCACAAACUUUUAGUGAAGUAGGAAUUGAAUUCCCGCGCGCAGGCCCGCCAACAUACACGCAUUUUUUGUACACUGCAUGUGAAUACGCUUGUACACUUGGCUGCUCUCAGGUAGGCAUUUUGUUGGGUUUCGCCGGUUUUGGGUUCCUUGUUCAGUCUCAGUGCGUAACCUGACGUGCACCUACAAAAAAAAUCCUCAAGCUGUCGUUAAGGCUGUGAUUAAAUGAUAACGCAUCUUAUUUAAAAGCGCUUUUCAAGAAACUGCAGAAGGCGUUUGAGAGGGAGGGGGCAGCGAAGCUGUAGGCUCUGGUGCUUGGCCAUUGAGGGUGGUGACAGGAGGUUGGCGUCAGGAGCAGAGGGGGUGUUGGGGAGUGGAAAAGGAGAAGAUCAGUGAGGUAGGCGGGGGGCCAGGUUAUGUAGAGCUUUUAAAGUGAGUAGAAGAAUUUGAAACUGCAUGCGGUAUGGAAUUAGGAGCCAGUGGAGGUUUUGAAGGACGGGGGUGAUCUGGUCACGGAGGGUGCGUUUGAGUAGGCAGGCAGCGGAGUUCAGAAUUUUACUGAAGUCUAAGGAGGGUUUUGCAUGGGAGGCCGUAGAAGAUGCUCUUGCAGUAGUCGAGUCUGGUGGUGAUGAAGGCGUGGAUAAGAGUUUCAGCAACAGAAGGAGAGAGGGAAGGCCGAAGACAGGCAAUGUUUUUUAGGUGGAAGAAAGCAGUUCAGGUUACCUGGUUGACAUGGUGCUGAAAGGGGAGGGUUCUGUCGAUGUACAGUGUUUUGAAAAACUGUUUGCCCCCUUUCUGAUUUUUUUUUUUUUUUUUGCAUGUUUGUAACACUUAAAUGUUUCACAUCAUCAAACAAAUGUAAAUAUUAGUCAUUGACAACACAACUGAAAACGAAAUGCAGUUUUUAAAUGAAACUUUUUAUUAUUAAGGGAGAAAAAAACAUUCAAACCUACAUGGCCCUGUGUGGAAAAAGUGAUUGCCCCUAGUCUGGAAAAGGUUAAAGCCGUUUCUAAAGCUUUGGGACUCCAGCGGACCACAGUGAGAGCCAUUAUCCACAAAUGGCGAAAACACGGAACAGUGGUGAACCUUCCCAGGAGCGGCCGGCCAACCACAGUGACCCCAAGAGCGCAGUGACGUCGAAGAGGUCACAAAAGACCCCACAACAACAUCCAAAGAACUGCAGGCCUCACUUGCCUCAGUUAAGGUCAGUGUUCAUGACUCCACCAUAAGAAAGACGCUGGGCAAAAACAGCCUGCUUGGCAAACUUCCAAGACCAAAACCACUGCUGAACAAAAAGAACAUUAAGGCUCGUCUCCAUUUUGCCAGCAGCAGGACAAUGAUGCAAAACACACCAGCAAGUUUUGAUUGCAGUUGUUGCUGCUAAGGGUGGCCCAACCAGUUAUUAGGUUUAGGGGGCAAUCACUUUUUCACACCACUAUAGCUCACCUCUCCUUUCUUUUUGUCAAAGUAACAGGAAUAGUGAUGAAAGCCAUGUAUAGCUGUCAUAGCCAUGUGAAUAUUGUCAUUCAUCCACGUCGUUGUAUUCUAGAGCAUCGAAUCGAUCACAGCAGGACUGUUCGGGUUUUCUUGGAAUCAGUUCAUGCCCCAUAACUAGGUAGGACAGCCCUACUCUUAUACAAAGAUAGUAUGUCUGCUUUCAUGGAUGACUAAAGAACUGGAAAAGUAUUCACAUUUGAGAGGCGGAAAUCUAGGAUAUUUAUUUUUAUGUUUAAAUCAAAUUCCCAUUAAUGAAGUAGUUGUCGAUUAAAUUUUAAUUGAUUAUUGUUGCAGAAUGAGACACCUAUUUACUGACUGGGGGGAGUCUAGGAAAAAGUAUGGAAUGUUGAAAUGUCAAAUCCAUAGGAACCCCGAGAAUACAAGAUGCAGAUGAACAAAACAUUGCUGAUGUUUUAAUACAAGAUGUGAGCACCAAUGGCAAAACAAGCUUGUUCGGUUUGUUUGGGUAGGCAUUUUAGUUUGUAAAAGUACUUCUCAGAAGAAAAAAAGUUGGAGACACCUCGUCUAUUUCAUAUAUGUUGGCCUAUGUACAGUCUAUAUACAAAUAGUGCUGUGCAAAAGUCUUUGGCCACCACUAGCUGUGAUGUUGUAAUUACUCAUUUUAAUGACAUGUUCACAGAGCUCACAUAGCACAACUAAGUAGAAGUACAGAUAGCUGAAGAAGACAAAACCUUUUUCACAGAUUUGGGGCACCACCAAAAAAAAAAAAAAAAAACUUUUACUAUUUUCCAGAGCCACAGGCCACUGAUGGUGCAUAUGGGACAGUGAUGAGAACCCAUCACAUUUUGGUGAGGAUUUAGACAAACAUGCAGAUACAGGAAUUAACUAUUUGAGGCCCGAAUGGAACCACACAUCACCUACAAUUGUAGUUUUUGCCAUGCCAUGUCUUCUACUUCAUUCACAAACCAGGAAGUAGCCUGAUAAUGAACAAAUAUGUCUCUUCACUAAUAUUCCUUUCACUUUUCCUAACAGCUUGGGCUUGGAGGUGUGCUAUGCUGCAUGACAUUCCAGUGGCCUAAGACUUUUGCACAACUGUAUAUUCAUUUGCAGCUGCUUGUUUUUGUCAUUUUAUCAUUACAAUAAAAACAAAUUUUUACUCAUUUGGUUACAAAAUUUACACCCUUGUAUUCUUGACUUUCACAAAAGUAAACAACCAAACAAUGUGAUAUUCUUUAAUCCGGACAACUCUUGGCAAAUCCUUUAAUUUAUGUUCUGUAAAAAAAAAAACCUGCAAGAAUCCAAAAUAAGUAACCCAACAAAUUGUAUACAGCUGUCAAAAAUGUUAAGGGAACAAAAUCAUGGCAACACAUACAAGAACCUGAUAUAGAGUUUGCCCCCUUCCUGAGUUCUUUUUAUGCAUGUUUGUCACACUUAAAUGUUUGAGACGAUCAAACUAAUUUAAAUAUUAGUCAAUGACAACACAAGUGAACACAAAAUGCAGUUUUUAAAUAAAACUUUAUAUAAAGGGAGGGGGGGAAAUCCAAACCUACAUGACCCCACCCCCACCCCCCAACUCAUCCAAGAGGUCACAAAUGGCAGCGUUCCAAGACCAAAACCACUGCUGAAAAAAAGAACAUUAGGGCUCGUCUCAAUUUUUCCAGAAAACAUCUUGAUGAUCCCCAAGACCUUUGGGAAAAUACUCUGUGGUCUGACGAGACAAAAGUUGAACUUUUUGGAAGGUGUGUGUCCCAUUACAACUGGCGUAAAAGUAACGCAGCAUUUCAGAAAAAGAACAUCAUAGCAACAGUAAAAUAUGGUGGUGGUAGUGUGAUGGUCUGGGGCUGUUUUGCUGCUUCAGGACCUGGAAGAUUUGAAUGAAAGCAUGAAUUCUGCUGAAGGAGAAUGUCCGGCCAUCUGUUGGUGAUCUCAAGCUGAAACCAACUUGGGUUCUGCAGCAGGACAAUGAUCCAAAACACACCAGCAAGUCCACCUCUGAAUGGCUGAAGAAAAACCAAAUGAAGACUUUGGAGUGGCCUAGUCCAAGUCCUGACCUGAAUCCUAUUGAGAUGCUGUGGCAUGACCUUAAAAAGGCGCUUCAUGCUGGAAAACCCUCCAAUGUGGCUGAAUGACAACAAUUCUGCAAAGAGGAGUGGGCCAAAAUUCCUCCCCAGCGCUGUAAGAGACUCAUUGCAAGUUAUCACAAAUGCUUGAUUGCAGUUGUUCCUGCUAAGGGGGGCCCCAAUCAUUAUUAGGUUUAGGGGGCAAUCACUUAUUCACACAGGGACAUGUAGCUUUGGAUUUUUUUCCCCCACUUUAUAAUAAAAAGUUUCAUUUCAAAACUUCCUUUUCUGUUCAGUUGUGUUGUCAUUGACUAAGAUUUAAAUUUGUUUGAUGAUCUGUAACAUUUAAGUGUGACAAACAUGCAAAAAAAAAAAAAGAAAGAAAUCAGAAAGGGGCAAACACUUUUUCACACCACUGUAGGUACCAAUAAAAUAAGGCAAACCAAUAAAAACGUAUUGGUGAGUAAAGUGACCAGCGCUGGUGUGCACACUACUAAAUGCAUGAGGGAGCCUGGUCAGAUUCUCAUUCUGCCAUCACACUGCAUUGACAUGUUUUAAGUAAAAAAAAAUAUAAAUACACGUAAUAUUGUUGGCACAGUAACGUUCAAGACUGUUACAAUGAAUAUUUGUAAUCACAUUUUAAGGUAUGUCUUGUACUAUAUACUCCAUAUCCGUCUCAUUCGGCCAUCAGUGUAGCCAAGAGGCUUUAAACUGCUACCUGUCAUUACAGCCGUGUUAGCAUACCAAUCUGUGAUCAGCGCCUACUACAGAAAUACAUUAGAAUAGACAUGCAUCACUGAGCCCAAAGUGAGGAGUACAAUCCAGCAUUUCUCACACACACACAAUGAAAGAGUAGUGUAGUCAUUUACAAAUGUAAAUGUUUACCACUGAUACGCCGUGCAUCAUAUAUUUAAUAUUCAAAAGAAUCCCACUGAUCAAUGCACACAGGGAAAACAGCAGUACUAAGGGGGAUGAAAGCAAUCUAUGUAGUGACGUAACACACGGUGCAGGUAGUGGCUUCUACGAGGCCAAACCCAGGAAGAAUCCUCCGACAAAGCCGCUGGACAGGACAAUGUUCCUCUUUAUAAAAUCUGUGGCCUGCAUUAUAGGGGAGAGAAUGUGUGUCAACUUAGAAGGGUUGAGGCAGAAACUAAGUACAGUAGAAGGGUAAAGAAAUAUUGGAGGAUGCUGUUUAGUUUCAAAAAUAUACUCUGCAUAGGUGCAAAGCUUGUAUUUAUGAGACCUGCAACAGCACAGCUGACGGGUGCAAUGUACCUGUUAGUCCAAUAGGUGGCAGUGUUUUCUUGUUUGUGGCGGAAAGCCAGCCAUUCAAUCACACAAUAGUAAGGAGGACAGGAAUAGUGAACUUCAUUACUGAUACCUUUACCUCCUCAAUGAAUGUGUUUAAUUCAGGGGCUGCUUUGUUCGCUUUCUUCUUCAGGUGUUUCUUUGCUUUGUUCACGUCCUUCUCCACUUUCUUCCAGUCCACCUGCACGUAGCCACUGUGAUUGGCGAUCUGAGUGGGAAGAGAAUUUGGAAUUUGAAAAGCAAGGCAGUCAAGUUUUCCUGGUAAAUCUAAGUAGUUGCUGCGCCCCAUUUUUUUCAUAUUUAAAAACGUAAACACCAAUGGUGAUGUACCAUCAUUACUAGAAAUAUUACUGGCGUGGCAUCCGCCUGGCUGUGCAGCAAGCACAGGAUAACACUUGAUGCCCAUAUUCAUGGUCCGUAAAGUGUGAGUGUCUCUCGCCUGUAAAAGUAGAAACCCUCCGCCGACGGCGGUUGCCGCGACCUUCCCAACUCUCUGGAAGACGUAACCAGCACACCUGCACACAUUGAGAGGGUGACAGACAAAUAAAUAAAUACAAGGCAACAUACACUCUAUGCCAGGGGUUUCCAAAGUGUGGCACAAUGGUUGGGAUGGAACCACGGCCCCGACUCCCAGAGAAACUGAAUUACUGGCGCAUAUUUUGUGUUAUUUUGAUUUGCAGGUUUGAAAAAAUAUCAAUUUUCUAUAUAACUUGUCCUCAGUGGGAUCAGGAUCAGAUUUAAUUGCAAAUGAUGUGCUGAGCGGACGAGUUGGAGCAGCACAUGCAUGAAUGACAUGAUCGUGACCUGUCAUCAUCAUAAAGUUCACCAAAAAAAUAGCUUUGUCGAAAGGAAACAUGCAUAAAAACCUUAACAAAACGCAAGGCCAGCAUACAAUAACCUGCUACGGCAAAAUGUCAUACAAUUCCUCCCAACAAGAGAGGAGAAAUAUGACCUUAGGGAAAGAUUCGACUUAAAAACACUUAGACAGACCCCUUCCAAACAAUUUCAAUAUCAUGGACAAGUUUAUUUCCAUAAUUCCAUUCAAAAAGUUAAACUUUAUUUUAGAUUCAGG